AUGACCACUCCAGGAAGUACUACCACAGAGACCACAACAUCAGAAAGCACAACUACUAUCACCACAACUCCAGUCAGUGCAGCAACAGAGACCGCAAUGGCAGAAAGUAAGACCAAUGGUGCCACUACUGCAGAAAGUAUUGCCUCAGAGACCACAACAACAAGCAUCACCACCACACAAGAAAGCACAACAACCGAGACCACAACAUCAGAAUCCCCUCGUACUACAACUUCAAAAAUUACAACAACAGAGACCACAACACCAGAAAGCAUAACAACUAAGUCCACAGAAAUAGAAAGUACAACUGCAGGCACAACAAUGGAAACCACAACAAUAAAAAGUACCACAACAGGCACCACAGCUGAGAUCACAACAACAGAAGGGACCACCACUCCAGACAGUACUACCACAGAGACCACAACAACAGAAAGCACCACCACCAGUACCACAACUCCAGAAAAUACCACAAUGAUAGAAAGUACAACCACUGGCACCACCACCCCAGAAAGUACAAUAACAGAGAGCACAGCAACAGAAAGUAGCACCACAACUGUGAUCCCACCAACAGAAGCCACAACCACUCCAGAAAAUACUACCACAGAGAUUACAACAACAGAAAGCACCACGAUCGAUACCACAACUCCAGAAAGCACCACAAUGACAGAAAGUACAACUGCUGGCACAACAACUUCAGAAAGUACAACACCAGAGACCACAACAAGAGAAAGUACCACCCCCGGGACAACAACCGAGACCACAACAACAGAAAGUACCACCACAGUCACCACAACUGAGAUCACAACAACAGAAGGAGCCACCACUCCGGAAAGUACUACCACAGAGACCACAACAACAGAAAGCACCAUCACCGGUACCACAACUCCAGAAAGCCCCACAAUGACAGAAAGUACAACCACUGGUACCACCACUACAGAGAGUACACCAAUGGAAACCACAACAACAGAAAGUACUACCACCGGCACACCAACCAAGGCCAUAACAAUAGAAAGUACCACCAAUGGAACCACAACAGAGAUCACUACAACAGAAGGCACUACCAAUCCAGAAAAUAUUACCACAGAGACCACAACAACAGAAAGUACCACCAUCGGUACCACAACUCUAGAAAGCACCACAAUGAUAGAAAUUACAACCACUGGCACCACCACUCCAGAAAGUACAACAACGGAGACCACAAAAACAGAAAGCACCACUAUUGCUACCACAACUCCUGAAAGCACCACAAUGUUAGAAAAUACAACCACAGGCACAACCGUUUCAGAAACUACAACAACACAGACCACAAUAACAGAAAGUACCACCACAACUGAGAUCACAACAACAGAAGGAGCCACCACUCCGGAAAGUACUACCACAGAGACCACAACAACAGAAAGCACCAUCACCGGUACCACAACUCCAGAAAGCCCCACAAUGACAGAAAGUACAACCACUGGUACCACCACUACAGAGAGUACACCAAUGGAAACCACAACAACAGAAAGUACUACCACCGGCACACCAACCAAGGCCAUAACAAUAGAAAGUACCACCAAUGGAACCACAACAGAGAUCACUACAACAGAAGGCACUACCAAUCCAGAAAAUAUUACCACAGAGACCACAACAACAGAAAGUACCACCAUCGGUACCACAACUCUAGAAAGCACCACAAUGAUAGAAAUUACAACCACUGGCACCACCACUCCAGAAAGUACAACAACGGAGACCACAACAACAGAAGGCACCACCACUACAGAAAGUACUACCAUAGAUAACACAACAACAGAAAGCACCACAAUGACAGCACAUACAACCACUGGCACCACCACUCCAGAAAGUACAAAAAAGCAGACCACAACAACAGAAGAUGCCACCACAACUGAGAUCACAACAGAAGAAACCACCACUACAGAAAGUAGUACUAUAGAGACCACAACAACAGAAACCACCACCACUGGUACCACAACUCCAGAAAGCACCGCAAUGACAGAAAGUACAACCAGUGGCACCUACACAACAGAGACCACAACAACAGAAAGCAGCACCCCUGGAAUUACAACUUCAGAAAGUACAACAAUGGAAACCACAAAUACAGACGAUACCAUAACUACAGAAAGCACCACAACAGACACUAUAACAACAGAAAGCACGACCAAAGGUACCACAAAACCAGAAAGCACAACAACUGAGACCACAACAAUAGAAAGCACCACCACAGGCACCACAACAGAGACCAUAACAACAGAAAGCACCACCACUGGUUCUACAACUCCAGAAAGCACAACAGUGUUAGAAAGUACAACCACUGGCACCACUACUCCAGAAAGUACAACAACAGAGACCACAACAACAGAAAGUACCACCCCCGAGACAACAACAGAGACCACAACAAUAGAAAGUACCACCACAACUGAGAGCACAACAACAGAAGGAACCACCACUACAGAAAAUACUACCACAGAGAUCACAACAACAGAAAGCACUAACACCGGUAUCACAACUUCAGAAAGCACCACAAUGACAGAAAGUACAACAACAGAAAGUACCACCACUGGUAUUACAACUUCAGAAAGUCCAACAAUGGAAUCCAAAUUUACAGAAACCACCACACCAGACACUACAACCACAGAAAACACCACUACAGGUACCACAACACCAGAAAGCACAACAACCGAGACCACACCAAUAGAAAAUACCACCACAGGCCCCAUAACAGAUAUCAUAAAAACAGAAACCACCAUCACUGGUUCUACAACUCCAGAAAGCACAACCGUUUUAGAAAGUACAACCACUGGCACCAAUACUCCAGAAAGUACAACAACGGAGACCACAACAACAGAAAGUACCACCCCCGGGACAACAACCGAGACCACAACGAUAGAAAGUACCACGACUGGCACCACAACAGAGCUCACGACAGCAGAAGGGACCACGACUCCAGACAGUACUACCACAGAGACCACAACAAUAGAAAGCACAACCAUUGGUACCACAACUCCAGAAAGCUCCACAAUGACAGAAAGUACAACCACUGGCACCACCACUUCAGAAAGUACAACAAUGGAAACAACAACUACAAAAAGCACCACAACAGACACUACAACAACAGAAAGCACCACCACAGGUACCUCAACACCAGAAAGUACAACCACUGGCACCACCACUUCAGAAAUACCACAACUCCAGAAAGAACCACAAUGA